UCCCCUUCUUCUCCACACUUCAUCUCGUCCUUUUCUGUCACCAUGUCACGCUUUGUUCGCUCUUCCAAAUAUCGUCACGUUUACGGUACUUGUGCCAAGCGAGACUUUUGCUACGAUAAUUUGCGUGUCAGCGCCAACGCUUGGGAUACCAAUUUGGUCAAAGUGAAUCCGCUGUUUUUGUCAGUGAAUUGGCAAGCUUCGGGUGGUGGUGCUUUCGCAGUAGUACCCCUAUCCAAUGUCGGUAAACUUCCGGAAAACUAUCCUCUGUACAGAGGUCAUACCGCGCCGGUGCUCGAUACCGAUUUCAAUCCUUUCAACGAUUACGUGGUGGCUUCCGGUUCUGAGGAUACCAAGAUCAUGAUCUGGACGAUCCCGGAAACGUACGAUGAAGAUCUUGAAUUUGUUGCACCCGUGUCCAAGUUGUCAGGUCAUGGAAGAAAAGUCGGGCAAGUUCUCUUUCACCCUGUGGCAGAAAAUGUGCUUGCCUCAUCCAGUGCGGAUUUGACCAUUAAGCUUUGGGAUAUCGAAAAGGGCCAAGAAAAGCAGGAAAUUACAGGUCAUACCGAGAUUAUUCAAUCCUUGGCAUGGAACUACAAUGGUUCUUUAUUGGCUACGACUUGUCGCGACAAGCGUCUACGCAUUUUCGAUGUCCGAAGCAACAAGAUCGUACAAGAAGGUCCAGGUCAUCAAGGUAUCAAGGGCUCACGUGUCGUCUGGCUUGGCGAUACCGAUCGUCUGGCCACCACCGGUUUCUCCAAAAUGAGCGAUCGUCAACUGUACCUCUGGGAUGCCAACGAUCUUGCCAAACCUUUGAAAACUGAAUUCAUCGACACCUCUUCCGGUAUAUUGAUGCCGUUCUACGAUGCCGAUACCAAGAUGCUUUACAUUUCUGGCAAGGGUGACGGCAACAUCCGUUACUACGAGUAUGAAAACGACGCCUUCUUUUUCUUGUCGGAGUAUAAAUCGGGCGAGAGUCAGCGUGGUAUGGGUUUCUUGCCCAAGCGUUCGGUGAAUGUGAGCGAAUGCGAAGUGGCUCGCGCUUACAAGGUUGGCAAUACAUUGAUCGAACCCAUCUCCUUUACCGUACCUCGAAGGUCCGAUGCUUUCCAAUCCGAUAUUUAUCCUCCAGCCAUUGGCGAUGAGCCUGCUCUUACUGCUGACGAGUGGUUUGAGGGUAAGGAUGCCAAUCCCAAGACCAUUGAUCUCGAGGCAGGCUUUACGGUGAAGGAGAAGAAAGAAUUUGCUCCUUCAGCUCCUGUGGAAGAAUCCAAGACCCCGGAAACGGCUUCUCCUAAGAAUGAAAAGGAUUAUCAAAAUGCGUACCAUGAACUUCGAAAAGAGAAUGAGGAUUUGAAGGGCACUCUGUCGCAGAGAGAUGUAAAGAUCCGAGUGCUUGAACUUGAGAUUGAAAAGUUGCAACAGCAAAUUGCUGAAGCCAAGCUGACAAAGGAGGAUCCCAAACCCAACGGAUCAGCAGAAGAAGCUACCAAGGCGGAAUCUGAAGAAAAAGAAAGCAACGAUGACGAAUGAACGAAAGCAUAGCGCCAAGGUUGGAAAACCGAUAACAACGAGAUUUUUUGGUCCUGCAGGUAGUUAGCAAGGGAGUUUUGAAAUCUUCCCUUAGAUCGACUAUUAUUGGUUUUGUCGUAUUUAUGUGUAUUUGUCUUUUUUUUUUAUUUUCUUUUUUCCCUAUUUUUUUUUUUUUUUGGUGGC